AUGAAUGCGCUACUGGGGGAACUGCACAUGGUCAAGGUGCUGCAUCAGCAGUCGGGCGUGUGUCUGUUCACUCACCAGUGGAAGUGGAAGCCACAAGCGCAUGCAGAAGGUGUCGACGCGCUCGUCAUGUCGUUUACGCAGUUCGCGCGCGAGAUUGACGGUGGAGAGGUCGUCCAGGUACAUUUUGACCCGAGUCAAACCGACAAGAAAGACCGACAGAGCAGCAGCAGUUUUAUGCCCACCUCGUCUGGCGGUCUCGUCAUGACCUCGCUCCAGAACGAGAUCAUUCAGGCUGUGUUGUUCCACGAACGGACUGGUGAGGCUGCAAGCGAAGCGCUCAAAGCGUUUCUACAGCGGAUUCUGCAACGGUUUGGACAAGUGUUUAAGCAAGAGCUGGAGCAAUUACAGCCGCAGUUACAGGCGAGUGCGACACCCACGCCGGAAGAGCGCGAAGCCGUUGAAGCUCCGUUUCGGAGAUACGAAGCUGAGCUCGAUAGUCAAUUGCUGCUAAAGUCGAGUGUAUGGAUGCAUCAAUCGAGGCGAUCCGGAAUUGAGCUGCAAGCUUUCACUGCAGUCAACUCGAAGAACAAACUGCUGCUGGCGAGUGAGUUUGGAAGUAUCGCCAUUAUCGCCAUAAAUACUGCGGACUAG